UAACAUUGAUACAGCCCCUUUAAUAGGAAAGGUUCCGUUGCUCUGCCUAUAUGCUGUGAUAUAUGCUACUGUAGUUUAUCAGGUAAAAUUGAUUUCUAAAUGUGGAUAGUUUAAUCUUGUGAAUGGACCUCAUGCUCUUGGAUGAUAUUGAGCCGUCCUAUCCCUACUAGCUGACAGUAUGGCGAACUUGCUGCUAGCACUGGCAGUUUGCUUUCUUGUAAACACAAAUGAGGCUGCAGACUGGAGCUAUUCAGGAGAAAAUGGGCCGGAAUUCUGGCAAGUUAACUACAAGACGUGCGGCCAACAGAGUCAGUCACCAAUCAAUAUUUACGAAGGUGAUGUCACGGUCAACACAAAACUUCCCCCCUUCGUGUACAGAAAUUAUGACGUGGAUACAGACAUGACUCUGACCAACAACGGUCACUCAGCGAUGGUUGUUCUGGGAGAAAGUUCUCAACUUUUGAUUUCUGGUGGCGGUCUAGUUGGUCAAUACAAAGCAAUUCAGUUUCAUUUCCACUGGGGCGAAAUGUCCAACACUGGCUCGGAACAUCUUCUUAGUGGUCACGCCUUUCCUAUGGAGCUCCAUAUAGUGCACUACAACACCAAGUACAUGAAUGUAAGUGAAGCCUUGAAAUAUCAUGAUGGGCUGGCUGUAUUAGGAUUCAUGUAUCUAACAACUGACACAAACAAUUCCAACAACAACUAUGCCGAUAUUGUUGGAAACUUACAAAACAUUCAAGUCAAAGGUGCUACAGUGCAGUUAAAUAGAAGUAAAGUAGCAUCAUUACUGCCUGCAAGUUAUCUAGACUUCUAUCGCUAUGCUGGUAGUUUGACCACACCUACAUGUGACCAGUCUGUGAUAUGGACAGUUUUUGUAGAUCCAAUAUACAUUUCUGAGAAUCAGCUCAACGAGUUCAGGAAAUUGUUGGAUGCUCACAAUCAUACAAUGUCCAAGAACUUUAGACCCGUCCAACCCCUGAACAGAAGAACUGUUGUCUCCAAUUAUAAGCCUCAUAUUCAUUGGCAGUACGGUCAUGAUGAACCUAACCACUGGAAAGAUAUUUUCGAAAGUUGCGGUGGACAGAAUCAAUCUCCUAUAAAUAUUGAUUACAACAUCACGAUAGGGCAAAGUACUCUCCCUUUGUUGGCCUAUCAAAACUAUGAGAAACCACCUUUGUCUGGAAUGAUACUCAAAAACAAUGGACACACAGUGGAGCUUGAGCUACUGGGCGACGAGAUCGCUAUUUUCGCUGGAGGACUGGCCGAGCCUUAUAUCGCCAAACAGUUCCACUUUCACUGGGGAUCCAACUCGUCCAGAGGAUCUGAGCAUCAACUGGACAGCAAAAGUUAUCCCAUGGAGCUGCACAUAGUGCAUUACAGAAAGUCUUUAAAAAAUCUGACCACAGCUGCUACACAGUAUCGAGGAGUUGCUGUUCUUGGCUUUUUCUGUGAGUUAUCUCCCUUGGACAAUCUAGGCUUGAAAAGCCUAACAGAUCAUCUAAGAAAUGUCGCCAAACCAGACACCAAUGUCAGCAUCCCAACCUUUAGCAUUAACUCUUUCCUGCCUGCAUUUAGAAGUGACUUUUACCGAUACGAUGGGAGCCUGACCACUCCUAGCUGUGCUGAAUCUGUCAUCUGGACUGUCUUCAAAGACACUGUCAAAAUCUCAGCCAAACAGCUUGAAGCAUUUAGGCAAGUUCAGAGUUAUGAAAAUGGCGAGCAGGUGCCAAUGGUUGAUAAUUAUCGACCAGUUCAGCUUCUGUACACUCGUGCAGUGCACAGGAACUUUAAAAUACCUCCUCCCAAGACACAUUGGUCAUACGAAGGCAGCCACGGUGCCAGCCAUUGGAGUUCUACAUAUCAGUUCUGCGCCAGCUCAGCCACAAGUCGUCAGUCGCCGAUUGACAUUGUCUCCUCACACAUGCAGAACAUAAGGUUGCCGCCAUUUAUUUUGGAAGGCUAUGACUCGAGCAGCAGCAUUACCUUAGAUCUCAAGAACAACGGACAUACAGUUCAGGCAGACAUCAGUGGUGGCAAUCUGUUCAUUUCCGGUGCCGGUUUGCCAGGGACGUACAGGGCUGCACAGUUCCACUUUCACUGGGGCUCAGACAACAAACGAGGUUCGGAACAUUUGAUUGAAGGCAGGCCUUAUCCACUGGAGAUUCACAUUGUUCACUACAACAUUGACCAACCAGAUAUAAUCAAAGCUGUCACUGAGAAAAACGGUUUAGCAGUUUUAGGAAUUUUAUUUGAGAUUUCUGAAGCUGAUAAUAAAGGUUAUGAGAAAAUCAUUGACGAGUUGAACAACGUGUUCGCCCCCUAUUCAAGGUAUCAAAUGAAUUAUCAGGAGCUUCGGCAGCUGUUACCAAAGAAUGUCAAUGAAUUUUAUAGGUAUGAAGGCAGUUUAACUACACCAGAGUGCCACGAGACGGUCACGUGGACAAUUUUUAAAGAAACGAUGAAAAUAUCAACAAGACAGUUGAUGAAGUUUCGCCGUGUCUACACCGAAAGAGAAGACCUCUUACAAGUUCCUUUAGUUGACAACUUUAGACCCGUGCAGCCACUCAACAAGCGUACUAUCAUAAGCAAUUUCCCUUAUUCUUCAAUCAGUUCCGGCUCUCGGCUUACACUGACUGUAUCAAUGUUUGUGAUAGCUUCUGUGUGUGUCAUCCUUCAUUAACCAGCUCAUUACACCAUCAGUUCAUUUAAUUUGUUGUCAUUCCUUGAGUUCAUUUUGGUUUCAGUUCAUCGUCUUUCUAUAUUAAUCUUUUUUUAAUUUACGAGGUGAAGUAAGGCAGAAGACCUCUUUUAGGAUACCAUCAGUUUUGGGCCUACUGAUUUGAACACAGAUCAGUCCCCUGCUCGUCUCAAAGACCGCGACAGAUCAGUCUCGUUGUUCUAAACGCUGGACGAAUAAGUCCAUACACUAAGAUGAGUGUAUGAAGCCUCAUAACAGCCAUAGCUCAGCGCCUCUUCCAAAUACCUACCUGCAAAUCUCUGCGCCAGUUGAGCAGGUAGAGGCAGGCUAGGAGAAGUUGAAGCUCUCACAUUAGCUCUUCUCUAAGCAACUCCAAGGGGGAGGAUUUACCAGGGAUACCAGGUGGACGCCGGCAAGCACUGUCCCCGUAUAAAACGUUAAAAAUUUUAGAUCUUUAUUUAAUUUUUUUGUUUAUUUCAUUCAAUAUUUUGUUAUUAUUUCUUACAACCAAGAAGAUGAUCGUAAGAUAUCCAUGUUCUAUAAUGGUUCGUGUAUGUAUUGUUCCAUUAUAGACUAAAAGUGUGUUAUUUAUUUAUUUGUACGCAUUUUAAUUAAGAUUGAAUAUGAUUUGUGAUAGCAAUACAUGUUUUGUAUUUAAACUCUUUGUGCGCAAGAUUGUGUCUACUUAUAAUUUAUGUCAAUAAAAUGCAAACUGUUGUUUUGGUUAUAACACAUUAAAGACGUCUAACUAAGUGUCAUUGC